AUGUCUCAACCACAAGUUGCAAACCUUGGUAUUUUUAAAAUACCUGAAAUCAGAAAUGAACCUAUGAAAACUUAUUCUCCCCAUAGUGAAGAACGUGCCAAACUGCAGGCUGCUUUAAAAGAACUCCGAAAAAAAGCCCCAAUUGAAAUACCCAUUCUUGUAAACGGCGAAGAGAUUCGCACUGGUAAGAUUGAAGAGCAACGAAUUCCAUCAGAUCAUGCGACCGUUCUUGCCAAAUAUCAUGCGGCCGAUCAUGCAACAAUUGAUAAAGCCAUUAAAGGAGCAUUGACUGCUAAAGUUAAUUGGGAGGCUUUACCAUUUAAUGAUCGUGCUACUAUUUUUUUGAAAGCAGCCGACCUGUUAUCCGUAAAGUAUCGAUACAAAUUAUUGGCUGCAACCAUGCUUGGACAGGGCAAAAAUGCAUGGCAAGCCGAGAUCGAUGCUGCAGCUGAAUUGAUAGACUUUUGGCGUUUCAAUGCAAAAUACGCGCAAGAAAUCUAUCAACAGCAACCUCCAAUUAAUUCGCCUGGUGUCUGGAAUCGAGUCGAGUAUCGACCACUUGAGGGAUUUGUUUACGCUAUCGCUCCAUUUAAUUUCACUGCCAUUGGUGGUAAUUUACCUAGUGCACCAGCCUUGAUGGGUAAUGUCGUUCUGUUAAAACCCUCACCCAGUGCCGUGUUAUCCAACUGGAUUGUAUUAGAAAUAUUGCGUGAAGCUGGCCUACCCGAUGGAGUUAUUCAGUUUGUUCCAGGUCCGGCCGAAGAUAUUACAGAGCAAAUACUCAAGUCACCCGACUUUGCUUCAUUGCACUUUACAGGAUCAACACACGUUUUCAAAAAACUAUGGAGAGAUAUUGGCAAUAAUAUUGAGAUUUAUAAAUCUUAUCCGAGAAUAGUUGGAGAGACCGGUGGCAAGAAUUUUCAUGUGAUUCAUGAAUCUGCAAAUAUUGAAAAUGCUGUUCUUCAAACUAUUCGUGGUGCAUUCGAAUACGCUGGGCAAAAAUGCUCGGCAACCUCGCGUGUUUAUGUAGCAGAUUCGGUUUGGGAUAAAUUCCGUACAACAUUGCUUACUGAACAUGCAAAGAUCAAAAUUGGUCCUGUUGAAGAUUUUAAAAACUUCUAUGGACCUGUCAUUCACAAAGCCUCAUUUGAAAAGAUAAAACGUUAUAUCGAAUGGGCGAAGGAUGAUGCGAGCAGUGAAAUUAUCGCGGGUGGAAUCUAUGAUGACUCUAAAGGCUACUUUGUUCAUCCGACCAUAAUAGUAACAUCAGAUCCAAACAGUAAAACAAUUGCCGAAGAAAUUUUUGGGCAAGUUCAUUUACCUGUUCUUACUAUUUAUGUAUACAAAUCGGAAGACUACGAGAAAACAUUAGAUCUUGUUAACAAAACCUCAGAAUAUGCAUUAACAGGAGCCUUAUUCGCACAAGAUCGCUAUGCCAUUUUACUCGGCCAUAAUAAAUUGCGUAAUGCAUCUGGAAACUUUUACUUGAACGAAAAAUCUACUGGUGCUAUGGUAGGCCAACAACCUUUUGGCGGUGCUCGUGCCUCUGGUACUAAUGACAAGGCUGGAAGUGCAACCUUGUUGUACCGUUUUAUUUCUAUGCGAACUAUCAAAGAAAACUUUAUCAAUAUCGAAGAUUUCUCAUAUCCUUCUAAUUUGGAGUAA